CAAUUACGCAUGCGCUUAAAUCAUUUCCGGUUAAAUGGAAUCUUAAAAAAAAAAUCCAACAUUUAUCUAAUUUUAACCUGAUUUAUGGCUGUAUAUGCAAUUAUAAUGUCAUGAUCCAGUUGAUAAAUAGUAUUCUCGUGUACAACAAAGGUUUAAAUCAUUUUAAUUGAUGAAUUGGAGGAGUUCUAACGCUUUUCCAAAGAAGGAACAAAUACAAAAUGAGUGGAAACAUCUGAACUUUUUUCUGAAUAUUUUCUAGUCUAGAUUAGAUCUACACCAGAAAAAUUUAAUUAGGAUGUUGACUCCUUCUGAACAAAGGAUGGAUCUCAACUCUGCCAACAUGACUUUAGCUAAGGGACCGAUGAAUUUUAGUGAAAAUCAACAAGGCAACGUUAUACUUGAUAAAUUACGACUCCAGAAGGACAAUGGAAGAUUUUGUGACAUCGUUUUUCAUGUUGAUGAGAAGCAGUAUCUAGCUCAUCGUAAUGUUCUUGCUGCAUGUAGUCCAUACUUUGACUCUAUGCUGAAAAUCAAUAGAGUUGCAAAGGAGCACUUAAGUGUCACUUGUACGAAUCAUGAAAUAUUUGAACUACUGUUGGACUAUAUGUAUACUGGGUCAGUACAGAUUCACAACAAUAAUGUGCGUGAGUUACUCAAGCUUGCAAAUCAUUUCCUCAUAUCAAACCUGAGAAGUUACUGUGGAGAUUAUUUGGAACAAAGCAUGGACCAUACCAAUUGUUUUAGCAUCAAGGAGCUGGCGUCAAAAAGUGGUUUGAAUAAGCUGUUAGAAAACUCAGAAAAUUUUAUUAAACAAAACUGGAGUCAAAUUAUUUUACAGAAUGAAAUACUUGAGUUUACUCAAUCCCAAUUGGAAAUAUUUAUGAGAAACUCUGAAUUGCUUUCUGAAGAAGAAAAGUUCCGUAUCAUUUUAAGUUGGGUAAAGACCAAUGUGAAACAACGAGAUACAAUUCUGAUCCCCCUGUUGGCAAAAAUUGAUUGGGCAAAGAUCAAUCCAGGUAUUAUCCUAAGCACUCUUCAGGAGGAUCUCACAUUUACGCAAAAUGAAAAACUGUUGUAUUAUCUGCUGAAAGCACUUCAUGAUAAUGGAAUAGCGUUCCAAGAAUAUAUGGGAAUGUAUACAAAGUUGCAAGAGAAAUAUGAUCUUACAAGUCAGGACCUUGAAGAUGAAGGCAAUAAUCUGCUCCAAAUUGCUGUUUCGGAAGCUAUUGGAGCUGUGAAUGAAUUUGUUGAGAAUGACUGUAAGUCAGAAAUAACGGUUACCCCGUAUCGUGCAAUGGACCAGGCUGCAAUGCAACAAAUAUAUCAACCUCCAGGCUCUAAAGACAAUGACCUUGGGCCAAUUGUAGAGGAAGGUCGAAAGCGCAGGAAAGGUAUUCCAAUCAAAGUCAAAAUAAGUAAAGCAAAGAUUGAAAAAGCAUUGAAGAAACGUGGCAGAAAGAGAAAGUUGAAGGAAGCUAAACCAACAGUGUCUAAGAAAGAGAAACCUGAAAUUGUAAAAGCUGAAGAUGCGGCGUCAGAAAAUAAUGAAAGCCAAAAAGAAGAUGCGCUUAAUGAAAUGAAUGAUAUUGAUACAAAAGAUGAUGUCGAUGAAGACUGGGAAAAAGACAUUGAAGAAAAUGAUGAUAGUGAUUUAGAUGAAGAUUACAACAUUGCGGAUGACCAAAUAUCACCAAAACAGAAAAAAAGACGUAGACGUUUCAAAAAUAGAAAGGACACUGAUGGCCCAAUCAAAUGUAUGGAAUGCAAUUAUAAGGCACCAAAUCCAUCUAGGCUUGAACUACACAUGAACAGUGUACACAAAGAUGACAUUACAUAUACAUGUAACCUCUGUGAUCAUACAUGUAAAUGGAACAGAGAACAUCAUAUUCAUAUGAAAAGUCACUUUGAUGGUCCUCCAUAUAAGUGUGACAAUGAGGAAUGUGAUUAUUCAUCUGAGAGAAUUCAGUUGUUGCUGAUACAUCGUAUGAAGCAUACAGAUGAGCGACCAUUUUCUUGUCCCAUGUGCAAUUUCCGAUUCAGGACAAAGAAUAAUCUCCGUACACAUAUGAGAUGUCAUACGGGAGAAAAACCUUUCAAAUGUUCAAUCUGUGGCAGGAGAUUUGCGACGAAAAACACAUUAAUGCAGCAUAGUGUAACGCACAGUGACCAUAGGCCAUACUUAUGUGAUCUUUGUGGAUUCUCAACCAAGUAUCAAUCGCAUCUGAUUGCACAUAAACGCAUACACACAGGCAAUGUAUUCAAGUGUCAGGAAGCCAAUUGCAAAUAUUCUACCCCCAAACGUAGUCAAUUAAAGUGCCAUAUGAGAUCACAUCUGUGUAUCCGUAGUCAUAUCUGUAGUGUGUGUGGAAGAGGCUUUGUAGAAAAGAGCCAUUUGGUGAGACAUGAACGUAUCCAUAUGGAUGACAAGGCAUUCAAAUGUGAACAGUGUGACUAUGGCAGCUCUAGACGCGACAAACUGAAGGAACAUGUUCUUAAACACCACGGAGAUAACGCUACUGCUAAGACACCAUAUAAACCACGACGUCCACGCACUCAGAAGCAAUUUAGUUACCCUGGGAUGGAAACUUCCCCAUCCUACUACCCUCAGGCUCAAGUGGAGAGCCCUGUUACGCUUGGGAGAGAGCAAGUCAAUUUUAGUAAUAUGCAGCUUGCUGGGGAUGCUAGUUUGCACGAGUCUAAGGAGAUACUGAUGUCUAAUUCACAUCAGCACCAAACACCACAGUCUCAUGUGAUCACAGAUUACCGCCCGCUAACUGUCGAUACGUCCAGCAUUAGCCUUGCCUCAGACAUACGCACAUCUAGUGUUAGCAAUCAAUCCCAUAAUCACCCCCACAGCCAGGGACAUUUAGAUAUGAAGGUCCCCCCUCCCGCUCACUCGCAGUUGCCUAUCACUGACCUACGUGUGCCUCACCCUCAGGGAUUACAGCCUGUUCAACUAAUGUCUCAACUGGAGCAGCGCCCUCCUGGACCUGGGGGCUAUCAUCCUGGGGAUAUGGCUAGCUUUGGAGCCUUUAUGCAACUCUUCUAGGGAUGCAGUAAAUAAUGUUUCCCUGAUAGUACAUUAGGCUACCUUAUUCUAAUAAGUAUUUGGGUCUUUUAUGCAGCAAUACAUACUUUUCACCAACAUACCCCUGCAUUAUGUUUGGCCUUAUAUUUGUCAUAUUUUAGCAUGCUAUAUCUUCUGCAUACUACUCUAAAAUUCGUACACAGCUACAGUACAGUGCUACAAUUGUUUUCAUUUCAUGAUGACGUUACAUUAUUCAUUUUGAUGAUUGAUGAGUGAAUUCAAAUUAUGUACAUAUUCUUUCACAUGAUUAUUUUUUUGUUGUCACUGUAAAGCGGUUCAAUGAUAAUGAUAUGCUCCAUUAUUGUACGGUGAAUCUGACUUGUUUUGUGUAUACUGAAGGACAUGAAUUUUCUUUAUUUCAAAACCAUCAAUUUUAAUUUAUUUUAUUUUUUUAAUUUAAAAAACACAAAAAUAUCACUGCUAUGCAUGAAUUAUAUAUUUCGAGAGAGACAUGAUAUGGCUUAGUAAGCAUUGCAGGUUUUCAAGACGAAAUCUUGAUCAUAUGUAAAAUUGUUCAUCAAAAUAGACUUCAAGACAACACCUUAUUCACAAUACAUUGUAAAGAGUGGUGAACAUGUUAUCAAGUUUAAGAACAUACUUUAUUUGUCUUUAACUUGGCUAGUAUGUUUUCUGUUAGAUUUUGAGCGCUGUUUAAAUUGAUUUUUUUUGAUCGAAAAUUAUUGAAAUAGUCAUCUCUGGGCAAAACGUGACAAUGUUCUUGAUUGAAUUGGCACUUUUGACAGUAAGCAGUCAUUGUAAAAUGAAAGGUGAUAUGAAUCCAUAGUUAAUUGAACAAAAACCUCUGACUUAUUGAAUUCUAUAGGGAGUUAAACAACUAUUUGAUAAUCAAAUUCACCAAACUAAAAUGCUUGCCAAAUUAAAUAUAAGAAUGGUACAAAAUUUUUACACAUGAAAACAUAUUUUCAAAAACUAAGAUAUUCUGAUGUGAAUAAGUGAAACUACAGUAAUGUAUAUUUUUAAUGUCUGACUCAG